ACUGAACUCGACGAUAACGGAUUAACGGAAACUGCCAUGAGAGGUUAAAAAUUUAAAUUCAAACACAGCAUCGAGGCGCAUGCGCCAUUUGUGCAGUUGCUAAACGAUACUUACUGACAUUCAAAUUGGAUCUCAAAUCUUUCAUUUAAAAGCAAAUAUAUACACCUUUCUUCAUACUAACAGUUCUACAUAUUUUAUUCAAAAUGGAUAAAAGCAUCAACAAUGAAAGUAUGGCAAGCUUGAAGCGUAACAUUCAAAAGGAGAUACAACGUAUAGACCAUAAAAUCGUUUAUAUCACUAAACUUAAAGACGACGCACUUGAAAAUUUGCAACGACAAAAGAAUGAAUGCCGCGAAAAAGAACUUAUCGGCGAGAUUGACGAGGAAAUCGGUCACAUCCAAAAGCAACACGCCGCGGUACUCAUGCGACAAACACGUAUCCACUCGGCUAAGAAAGAUUAUUAUCAAUUGGAAGAAACUCUAGCGGACAUUAACAAUGAGCUUAUGACCAUACAAGAGCGACAUGACAAUGUAAUGCAGCAACUCGGCGAGAAACGCGACUUUCUGCAAGCGCGUUUAGGCUCUAUUGAAGCAAUGGACAACAUGAAAGUCAAAAUUGACGAAGACUUGGAGCGGGAAUUGGAGACGUAUGAAGAAGAGCUGGAAAGACUAAAAUUGGAGCGUCAAGAAUUACUAAAGAGAACCGAUAUGAGUCCGAGUGCUAUGGAACUUGCGUUAAGAAACAUUGAUGAACAAAUUGAGCAACUUGAAAGAGCACACAUUGGAAAGAUGUCCGCACUCACCCAAGCCAGCAGCCAAUUACAAGCGGAGUUUUCUAAAGCAUAUUCAUCGGAUAGGAAGAAUGAAAUUCUUCAAGAAUUAGAGAAACUCAAACAACAAGCCUUAAAUGCAACACCUUCGGAACUACUAAUAAUUGAAGCUCGCAUAGAAGAACUGAACAAGGAGUUGGAGCAGGUCGAAACACUUAUGGACAUUCAAGUUGAUGAAGAAGCCAGAACAACCGAAGCAUUGCUAGCACGCGGAUUGAAGAUGACGCCAUCGGGAAGUAUACUUACUGGAUCCGGGCGCAUCCUGACAAUUGAAGAAUCUAAAGAAUUGGGCUUGCUAGAAGGAAUCGUAGAUGACGUAGGUAGCCUGCACGAACGGGAUAAACUGAACGAACUAUUGGAGCAACGAGGGCUAACGCUAACCCCGUCUGGGCGUAUUCAAAUGGAGAAUGGCCAAAUUUAUUCCAUGGAAGACGCAUGUAAAUUAGGAUUGCUGCAAGGGCUAGAAGAAGAAUUAAUGAAGAUGCGAGGAAUUUCGUUGACGGCUUCUGGGCAUAUUCGAACCAAAGACGGCAGGAUCCUGUCGCGGGAGGAGGCCGAACGCAUGGGCCUACUUGCUGGCAUCAACCUCGAUGAGCUCUACGCGGUCGAAAGCGAAUCCGAAUCCAUUACGGAAUCAAUCGCGACAUCAACAAGCGGAAUGUCGUCGGCAGAUGUGCAUUAUUUAAAAACCGUUCUUGGAAGGCCACUGGCAAUUGCAAUGGCAGAGAUUACGGCUAAACAACCUCGCGACCCCAUUCAUUAUUUGGCUCAUUGGUUGUACAAGUACAGAUACAAUGAGGAAGUGAACGAAGUGAGAAAAAAGGAGCUCGCCGAUUUGUUAGAGGAAAGAGAGCGGUUGGCAAAAGAAGCCUUGCGCCAACAAGCUGAAGCGGAUGCACGGGAUGUCCUGCUCGAGCUGUUGCGACGUCUCGAUGAUGAAGUGCAAAGCGAUGAUAACGAUAAGGUAGUCCAGCGCAUCGCAGAAGAUGAAGCUGAGGUAGCAAAUGAAGCGGAGGAGACUGAUCUGGAGUCCGAGGCAAGGGACACGCUCGGCGUUUACCGCGGCCCGACACGUGGGCAACAGCUUAUCUGAGAUAUUUUCACUCACCUUCAUAAAAAUGCGGCGCUCUCAGGUUGGGCAUGUCUCGUCGCUGUACCUGCAACAUAAACAAUAUUUAGUCAAGUAAACUUAAAUAUUGAGCCGCAA